UGGAGGGGCGGGGCUACGAGGAAAGCCCCCCGGGAGCGAUUGGCGCCAAGUUGCCUUAGCGGAGCUCCCGGCGCCCCCUCGGACGCGGCCCGUUCCCGUGCUCUGCUCGGGGCUUUCGGUUCUCGCGCCGUCGUUUUGCUGCAGGGCUUCGCGGAGUACGCCAUGCCUCCCAGGAAACGCCCCGAAGCCCAGCCGUCCCCCGGCGAGGCGGUGCGCCCGCAGAGCCGUGGCCGCCGGAGUCCUCCGGAGCUGGAGCCCGAGGCCAAGAAGCUGUGUGCGCGGGGUGCCGUUUCUAGCAGGAAAUGUGAAUCGUGCAGCGUUUUGGCAGAGCUGUGUAGCCUGCAGAUCCCUCCACGGACUAGCGGCAGCAUCAUCAGGGAUCUUUACCAGCAUAAGUUGGGCAAAGCCACCUGGGCAUCACUGCAGCAGGGUCUCCAGAAGUCCUUUGUGCACUCUCUGGCUUCUUACCGGGUAUUCCAAAAAGCUGCUCCCUUUGACAGGAGGACUACAUCCUUGGAAUGGCACCCGACUCAUCCCACUACCGUGGCUGUGGGCUCCAAAGGGGGAGAUAUCAUGAUCUGGAACUUUGGCAUAAAGGACAAACCUAUCUUCCUUAAAGGGAUUGGAGCUGGAGGAAGCAUCACUGGGCUGAAGUUUAACCAUCACAAUACCAACCAGUUUUUUACCUCCUCAAUGGAGGGAACAACCAAACUUCAGGAUAUUAAAGGCAAAGUUCUCCGAGUUUAUACCAGCGCAAUGUCUUGCAAGGUCUGGUAUUGCAGCCUUGAUGUUUCUGCCAAGAGCAAAGUGUUGGUUACAGGAGACAAUCUGGGACAUGUGGUCGUGAUGAACACAAAUGGCAAGGAGCUCUGGAACCUCAGAAUGCACAAAAAGAAAGUAGCCCACGUGGCCCUGAAUCCCUGCUGUGAUUGGCUUCUGGCCACUGCCUCCAUAGAUCAAACAGUGAAAAUUUGGGACCUGCGCCAAAUUAAAGGGAAAGACAGCUUCCUCUACUCACUGCCUCACAGGCAUCCUGUCAAUGCAGCCUAUUUUAGCCCAGAUGGAGCUCGGCUCCUGACCACUGACCAGAACAAUGAGAUUCGGGUUUACUCUGCCUCCCAGUGGGAUCUCCCCCUGAGCCUGAUCUCCCACCCUCACCGUCAUUUUCAGCACCUCACACCCAUCAAGGCGACCUGGCAUCCACGGCACAACCUCAUUGUUGUGGGCCGAUACCCAGAUCCUCAUCUCAAAAGUUGUGUUCCCUAUGAACUAAGGACAGUAGAUAUGUUUGACGGAAGCUCGGGGAAGAUGAUGUGUCAGCUCUAUGAUCCAGGAUAUUCCGGUAUCACUUCGCUCAAUGAGUUCAAUCCUAUGGGGGACACACUGGCCUCUUCUAUGGGUUAUCAUGUUCUCAUUUGGAGCCAAGAGGAAGCUGAAUCACACCAAGAUCAUGAAAGAGAAUGAAGGUGUGGGACAGCACCACCUGUACCCCAUGAAUAGGAACAAGUUCUGUGGGAAGAGGCAACUACUUGUAAAUAGACCAGAAGUGCCCACCCUUAGGGUUGUAGUUGGCAUGGGCUACUGUGGGGUUAGGGCACUGGCACGUUACUGCUCUAGAUUCUGCUCCAGAGAUGGAAGAGUAAACCAGCUGCCCUCAGAGUCCCUGCUAUGUCUAGUCUGGAACCCAGUUUAUGCUAGAGCCAAGGUACUUUUCUUUUUUUCUGAUGUAUGGUAGAAUAACCAGGGAAUUUUUUAAAAUUUGUAUUCAGUCUUGAUAUGGCCAAUAAAAGCAUAUUCUUUGA